AUGAGAAAAUUUUUCAGUCAGAAAUCAAAAAAUAAGACACAUCAACAACAAAUCACAUUGACAGGUCCAUCUUCAACUGUAUCACCAUUCAAUAAAGACGAUGAAUUACAAAUAAAUGCAGCAAUAACAAGAAAAAGCAAAUCACAAGCUACACCUAGUCAAUCCCAAACAAUAAUAAACUCAACCGAUCAAUUAAUUAACUCAACAUCGGAUGAAUCAAUAUCAUCUGAACAAAAAAUUAAUACUCAAUUAAAACAAGAUGAAAAUUUAGAAAAAUCAAAAAAAUUAUUUGUUGUUGUUUCAGAUGUGGAUUCAGCUUGCACUUCAUCAUUAUUACCAACAGUAUCAAAAGAAAAUCCAGAUUCUCAUUUAUUAAGUGUUGAUGAAUGUGAAUCAGCUGAGCCGCUUAUGACACUUCAACAACCACAGCAACAAUCACAUCCAAUAACACGUAAACGUUCAUCAACUGGUUCCGGUCAACAUUUAGUUCGUUAUCGUGAACAAAAUACAAAAAAAUUUGUUGAAGAACGUCUUCGUCGUCGUAGUUGGAUGGUAUCACAAGCACAAUUAUUAUCAACAUCAACAAAUUGUCCAAAUAAUAUGUCUACAUCAACAAAUAAUUCUCAAUCACCUGAUAUUCUUACACCAAAUCAACAAACAGUAAAUCUAGUACGUUUACGUCGUCUUCGUUUAGGACAAUCAGAACCAAAUUUAAAUUCAUUACAAAUGAAUUAUUUCUAUCAAAUGUCUCCAUCACUUAAAUCUUCACCUCGAACAUCAUCAGCAACAACAAGUGGUGGUGCUGAUAAUAACAAUAAUUCUCAAAAUAAUAAUUCGAAUUCAACAAAUGUUCAAUUAACACCAUCACAAAAUCAACAACAACAACAUUAUUUUCCAUUUCCAUUACGUCGACCAAGUUCACGUCGUUCAAAUUUAUCCGGUUUAAAUUUAAUUAAUUUAAAAUAUGCUUUAAGAAAGCAAUUAUCACCUCAACAACAACCAACAUUAUGUGCAACUUUAUCUGAACCACAAGAUACAAAUAAAUCAUCAGCUACAUUUAACCCAUCAUCAUCAAGUGCAUUUAAACCUAUAAUUAAUCUUGAUGAUAAUUCCAAUCGUCGAUGGUCAUUAACAUCAGCUCCAUCAUCAAGUGGUUAUGGUACAACAACACCAAUAACAUGUCAUUCACAUGAAAGUUCACAAUAUUCAUCAUUUGAACGUCUUCAACAUCAACAACAACAAUUACAACAACAGCAACAACAACAACAACAAAAUCCUCAACAACAUAUUUGUACAUGUAAACAAUUAAUAAAUAUACCGAAUUCAAAUGAAGGAAGUCUAUCAAAUAGUAGUCCAAGUGAUGAUUUUAUUUAUGGUAGUUUACAACGUUUAGAAUCACGUUCAUUAUCAAUGUCAAUGCUUGAUGCAAAUAUAUCAUCAUCACCAUGUAAAAUGAUGAUUAUGCCUGAUCAUGAUAUAAAUACCAUGGCAUAUAUUUAUAAAGAACGUUAUCCAACAGCUAAAGUACAAAUGGAAGAACGUUUACAAAAUUUUAUUGAUACAUAUAAAACAGUUGAUAAAUUUGAAUAUUGUUCAGAUGGUUCAGCACGAUUUAUACAUAAUCAAAUUGUUGAAUUAGCUAAAGAUUGUUUAGAAAAAUCUCAUGAAGAUUUAAUAACAACAUUAUAUUUUAAUGAAAUGACAAGUAAUUUAGAGCGAUUAUUAUUAAAUACAAAAGAAAAAUGUCCACAAGCUAUUGGAAAUUUACAAACAGUUGUACGAAAUCUUUUAUUAACAACAGCAAGAUCAGCACGUUUACUUGAAUGUUUAGAAUUUGAUCCCGAAGAUUUCUUACGUACAUUAGAUGAAGUUGAAUGUCAAGCUAAAAUUAAUGGAAAUAUUAAACAAGAUAUUCCUAAAUAUAUUUGUUCAAAACUUAAUCUUGAACGUAAUCCACUUGAUGUUAUUGAUGCAUUACAGGUUCAUGAAUCUUUUGAGAUUGAACGACAAGAUUCAACAGAUAGUAAAGCAAGUGUUGGAUUAUCUGAAAGUGAAAGUGAAUCAUUUACAGAUUCAAAUUAUUUAACUAUAACACCAAAUUCAACAUUUCCACCAAUUGAACAUCCAUUAUCAACAAAAGGUCCAUGUGAGGAUGAUUUUGAAGUGAUUAAAUUAAUAUCAAAUGGUGCAUAUGGUGCUGUUCAUUUAGUAAAACAUCGUCAAAGUCAUGAACGAUAUGCUAUGAAAAAAAUUUCUAAGACUCAUCUGAUUUUACGUAAUCAAGUUGAACAAGCAUUUGUUGAACGUGAUAUAAUGACAUUUACAGACAAUCCAUUUGUUGUUGCACUUAUAUGUACAUUUGAAACUAAAAAACAUUUAUGUCUUGUUAUGGAAUAUGUUGAAGGUGGUGAUGUUGCUACUUUAUUAAAAAAUAUCGGUGGACCAUUAAAUAUUGAUAUAGCACGAAUGUAUUUUGCUGAAACAACAUUAGCAGUUGAAUAUCUUCAUUCCUAUGGUAUUAUUCAUCGUGAUCUUAAACCUGAUAAUCUUUUAAUAACAGCUAUUGGUCAUAUAAAAUUAACGGAUUUUGGUUUAUCAAAAAUUGGUUUAAUGUCAUUAACAACAAAUUUUUAUGAAAAACAUAUUGAUAAAGAAACAAAAGCAUUUAAUGAUAAACAAAUAUGUGGUACACCAACUUAUAUAGCACCUGAAGUUAUCUUAAGAAAAGGUUAUGGUAAACCAGUUGAUUGGUGGAGUAUGGGUAUAAUAUUAUAUGAAUUUUUAGUUGGUAUGCCACCAUUUACUGGUAAUACACCAGAUGAAUUAUUUGUUAAUGUUAUUAAUGGACAAAUGGAAUGGCCUGAUAUACUUGAUGAAUCAACCAUUGAUUUAUCUUCAUCAGCUUGUUAUGAUUCAUCGGAACAAAUGUUUUGUCCUGAAGCAAAAAAUUUAAUUGAACAAUUACUUGAACAUGAUCCAUCGCAACGUUUAGGUACAUUAGGUGGUGCAUAUGAAAUUCGUACACAUCCGUUUUGUGCUCCUAUUAAUUGGAAUACAUUAUUACGUGAAAAAGCAGAUUUUGUACCAGUAUUAGAAUCACCCGAUGAUACAUCUUAUUUUGAUACACGAGAAGAUCGUUAUCAACAUUCAGAUGAUGAUAUUUUAUCAUCAACAACAAAUAAACAAACACAAGUUACAUUACCUGAUAAUGAUUCGGAUAUAUUAUUUGCAUCAUUUUCAUCUGUUUCAUUAAAAUAUGUUUCAGAAUUAUCUGGAAAUCAUAAACAACGUAAUUCAAAUAAAACACAACAACAUCAAGAUUCAACAACAACAAAUACAACUGCAUCGGAAAUGUCAUCAACAGAUGUAUCAAGAGCGAAUUCAUGUUCAGAAUGUUUUCAUCCAGAUAGUGUUAUACGAAUUAAUUCACCAAGUGGUUUUCAACCACUUAUUAUGUCUCAAUCCAUGCCUGUUGAAACAAGAGAAAAAGUUGAACCAUCACCUAUUCAAGCAACAUUUGGUUCGGAUACAUUUGAGCCAUUACUCGUUUCUUCUGAUGAUAAUUCUUCUGAAUCAUCAUCAAUUAAAAAGAAUCCAAGUAUAUUUAUUCCAUCAGAUAAAUUAUUAUUAUCUAAUAUAACAUUAUCAAGAAAAAAUUCAUCAUCAUCAUCUUCUGUUUCAUCAUCUGUACCAGUUUCAUCAUCAACAACAUUGACAUCAAAUACCGAUGACAAGAAAACAAGUUCAGUUACAACAAGUACACCUUCAACUACAACUAAACAUUAUAAACAACGUAAAACUUCACUUAAAUUACUUGAACAACAAAAUGCAAAUGAUAGUGGUGAUGAUAAUAAUCAACAACAAAAGAGUAAAUCUCGUCAUCAUCAUCACCAUCAUCAUCAUAAAAAAGUUCGUGUUCCUCGUGCUUUAUCUCCACUACAACCAAAACAAUCAUCGACAUUACCAACACCGGCAAAUAAUAUUAAUAUUCCUACAAAUACAAAAUCACAAGAUAUUAUUCAAUCAAAUACAUUAAAUGUUUCACCACAAUCAUCUGAAAUAACACCUACUGCAUCAUCAAUGAAUGAAAAUGAAUUUAAAAAAUCAGCUUCAUCAAAUUCACUUGUACCACCACCACCACACUCAAUAACAACAGCACCAACAACAACAACAUCAACAGGUGCAACUAGAGUAAAUUCAUAUCCUAUAACAACAGUAAAUAAUCCAAAUAAACCGGUGAAAUAUAACAAUCAACAACAACGAAAUUUUCCACGAUCACUUUCAAAAUCAUUUUCAUCCUCAUCCUCAUCAUCCUCACCACCACCAUUCUGGCUUAGUAAUCCAGAUGAUCGUUCUUAUCGUCAUACACAACGUCAUAAUAUGGCUGUAUCUCCACUUGAACGUGAUACAACUCUUAAAGCUCAUCAACAGAAUUCAUUUUCCUCAUCGACUAUAUCACCUAUACAUUCAAUAACAAAUAAUCUUCGACCACCGAUUAUUAUUCGUCGUGGCCCGCGUAGUUUUGGUUUUACAUUACGUGCUGUUAAAGUCUUUCAUGGAAAUACGGAUUAUUACACGACUCAACAUGUUGUUGUUGCUGUUGAAGGUCCAGCACAGGAAGCUGGUUUAAAACCCAAUGAUGUUAUAACUCAUGUUAAUGAACGUCCUGUAGCUGGUCUUUUACAUCCAGAAGUUGUUAAAUUAAUUCUAAGUGGUUCUCCAAAAUUAUCAAUACGUGCUAUACCUUGUUCAGAAACUCAAAUACGUACUGGUGGAAGACGUCGUUCACCAUCAAAACAAAAAAUUCGUUAUCAACCUCAGCAUCAACAACAACAACAACAACAGUCACAACAACAACAUUAUUAUGAUAAUAAAAAAACUCAAACAAGUAAUUCAUAUCAUCAACCAUAUUGUCAAAAAUAUCGAACAAAUUCAUCAGGAAAUUCAAUAAAUAUGAAUUCAAAUAAUAGUAAUGGAAAUAAUUCAAAUGCAGCAAAUCUAAAUAAAAAACAUCCACAAAAUAAUUCUUUAUUUCGACGUUUAAGUGAACGAAAAGUAGCUCGUGAUAUGGAAGCAGCAGCCAUAGCUGCGGGAAGUCCAUUAACCAUUCCAACAACAUUAAUAACGAAUACACACACGAAUAAUACAUUAACAACGACAAAUACAUCUAUAUUAUCAUCCUCUUUACCAUUACUUUUAUUUAAUCAAUCAAAUAAUGAUCAUAAUAAUGAUAGAUCAUUAACAACAAUCUAUCAUCAACCUCGUCCAAAUAUUCUUGAUUCAUCUGAAUGGCCACCGCUUCAAGCACCACUUAAACCACCGACACCCACUGGUAGUGAACCAGAUUCUCCUCAACCAACUCUUUUACCAUCUAUUGUGAGACAGAAAUCUCAGAUUUCCGUUUCUCCUUUGGCUAGAUGUCCUUCAUCAUCAUCACAUACUAAUUCAUCCGCUCAUCCAUCUCUUUGUAAAACUUUAUCAGAACCACCAAUAUUUCCUCGUCAUAAUAGCCAUAGUCAAUAUCUGCCUCGACAAACUCAUUCUUCUGAACAUAAUCAUGCACAAAAUUAUUUGUAUACACCCAUGACAACAACAACAACAACUCAUAAGAGAAAAGUAUUUCAUCAAAAAUUAACUUAUCAACCUCCUUCUCCUACAGAUUCAUCAUCUCAACCACCAUUUAUAUUAGAAAAUAAUACGAAUCGAAAUUCCAAACAAAAUUCAAAUUAUUUCGAUAUUGUCUAUCAUGAUCAAUCAACUCGUUCAUCUUCAACUGAAUCAUCAGCGAGUUCAACAUCGACACUCAUGCAUGUCGAUAAUUUUUCUGCUACCCCGGUCGUUAUUCCUACAAAAAUUUUCUAUCGACGAAGAUAG